UGCCGCGCAGUUUUAACCUCAAGGUUACCAGCAAGAUCUUUCGAGACCAUUUGGCAGCUUUGAGUUAUAUUCCGAACAGUGCGUGAAUUGAUGAAAAAUCUUAUCUAUCGUAUGCAUAGUCCAACAUGGUAGUGAUAAAAGAACGCAUAAAAUUACUUCCAGAACAUUUUUUAGAUAAAGUAAAACGAAAUCGUAAUUUUGCUUUUAAAAUUGUUGAAAAAUUAGUAAAACGACCACUUAUAUUCAAACAAUUUGCUAAAGAAUUCUCUAGCACAGCAAAAAACCAUAUUACUCUAAUGAAAUCUGCUAGUACUGACUAUUCUUUAUACUUGAAUUCAAUUAAAGAUGUUGAAGUGAUUAUCUUUUCAUUGAAUGUAAUGUUGAAACAUGCUGGAGCAUAUCAUCUUUUGAUUGAAAAGGAAAUAUUUACAUCAUUGAAAGAAUUGAAUAGUUUGCUUAGUAGUAUUUCACCUCCGUUUAAUGAUACCAUCCUGAGAGAACUCUCAGGUCAAUACAAAAAUCAAGAAACAGUUCAAUAUGGAUUAGAUGAGCCUAUUUCAGAUAAAUCUGUCAAUAAAAGUCUGUCUAGCGUUAAAGAUGAUGUUGGUAAUAUGCAGUAUGAAGAUACAAGAAUGGAAUCUCCAGUCAAUAAAGCCGAUCAUACACCUACAGAUGAGAAAUCGAAACGUAAAUCUCGAAAACGUUCAAAACCAAGUACUUAGUGAUAAAGGAAUGCUUAAGUUUGUAAAUAAAAUCAUAUUUACAUGCUAUUUACGGCUUGAAUGUUCUUGUCUAACAUACAUACAGCUGUUGUUUUCAUUCAACUUUCUCGUCAUUGAAGUAAACCUAC